AUGGGUAAAGACCAAAAAGCCAUGCAGGCGAAGCUCGACAGCCACAAGUCGGGUCAGUCUAACGAACCUAUCUCGGCUCCAGCGCAUUGUCUGUCAUUCGAGGAGGUGGUCAAGGAGUUGGAAAGCUCCGCCAUCGACGGCCUCACGCCCGACGCUGCAAAGAAACGCCUCGAGCAGUAUGGCAAGAACGAGCUUGACCAGGGCAGUGGUGUCAACCCCGUCAAAAUUCUGAUACGACAGAUCGCCAAUGCCAUGAUGUUGGUGCUCUUCUUGGCCAUGGGUGUGUCCUUUGGCAUCCAGUCAUACAUUGAGGGCGGUGUCGUGGCCGGCAUCAUUAUCCUGAACAUCAUCAUUGGAUUCAUGCAAGAAUACUCGGCCGAAAAGACCAUGGAUUCGCUACGGUCCCUGUCUUCACCAACCUCGAGCGUUAUCAGAAACGGUAACGGUAUGGUUGUACCUACGAUUGAAGUGGUCCCAGGCGACAUGGUGGAGCUGAAAACUGGAGACACUGUCCCGGCUGACAUUCGGUUGCUCGAAGUCUCGAAUUUUGAGACUGACGAGGCUUUGCUCACCGGAGAAUCCCUUCCCGUCACCAAAGAAGCUGAGGCUACUUUCCCCGAGGACACAGGCCCUGGAGACCGACUCAAUGUGGCGUAUUCGUCGUCCACCGUCACCAAGGGCCGUGCCCGCGGUGUUGUCUUUGCUACGGGCAUGUUCACUGAGAUCGGCACCAUCGCUGCAGCACUCCGCGGCCAGAAUCAACGUAUCCGACAGCCCAAGGUUUCUAAGGACGGCAAGGUCAAGAUUCACCGCAAGGCUCAGGCGUACGGGUUGACUCUUGGUGAUUUCAUUGGUGCCUUCCUCGGCGUCAAUGUCGGCACUCCUUUGCAGCGCAAGCUGUCCCAGCUGGCCAUCGCCCUCUUCGGAAUUGCUGUUGUCUUUGCCAUUAUCUGCUUGGCCGCCAAUGACUUCCAGAACAACCGCGAGGUUAUCAUCUACGCUGUGGCUACCGGCCUGUCCAUGAUUCCCGCCUCCCUGAUCGUCGUCCUGACUAUCACCAUGGCGGCUGGUACCAAGCGCAUGGUGGAGCGAAACGUUAUUGUCCGCAAACUCAACGCUCUCGAGGCACUGGGUGCUGUCACCGAUAUCUGCUCCGAUAAGACUGGUACUCUGACCCAAGGCCGCAUGGUUGUCCGCAAGGCUUGGAUUCCUUCCAAGGGCACUUACUCUGUCGGUGAAAGCAGUGAGCCAUUCAACCCCAACUCCGGUGAUCUCUUUCACACCAAGACGAACCCGUACGAUGAUGAUGAUGACAACAGCGAGUACAAUGUUCCCCCCGAGGAGGAUGAUCGGAGAACCUACCAACAAUUGCUCGAAAACAACGUGCCGCUGGAAGAAUUCCUCAAGGUAGCAUCUCUUGCUAAUCUUGCCACCGUCUACAAGUCGACCGACCACGAAGGCUGGACUGCUCGCGGCGAUCCUACAGAAAUUGCCAUUCAGGUCUUUGCAUCACGAUUCGACUGGAACCGCAAGGGCAAGGUCGAGGGCGAGAACCCUCCCUGGAAACUGGUCACCGAAUACCCUUUCUCGUCUGAUGUCAAGAAGAUGUCCGUCAUUUUCGAAGACACUCAGUCCAAGAAGAGGUUCGGCUUCACCAAGGGCGCCGUUGAGCGUGUACUGGAUUCCUGCAUCAAGGUUGAUCUUGCCGGCGACGGCGAGGUCGUCGAUCUGACUGCCGACUUCAAGGAGCAAGUUCUCUCUAACAUGGAAGCCCUUGCUAGUCAAGGUCUCCGUGUGCUUGCGCUCGCUUCUAAGCCCUGGGAUGGCGAGUCGGACACUUCUGACGAGACUCGCGCCAAGAUUGAGUGUGAUCUGACUCUUCGUGGGUUGGUUGGUCUGUACGAUCCUCCUCGGCCUGAAUCCAAGGACGCUGUCAAGCGCUGCCACCGUGCAGGUGUCGGCGUGCACAUGCUGACUGGUGAUCAUCCCGGUACCGCCCUUGCCAUUGCCAAGCAGAUCGGCAUUGUCCCCGAGAAGCUCGGCAAUGUUUCUGAGGAUGUUAAUGCUGCUAUGGUUACUACUGCUGCCCAGUUCGACAAGCUCUCUGAUGACCAGAUCGAUGCUAUGCCGGUACUCCCGUUGGUUAUUGCCCGGUGCGCGCCCCAGACCAAGGUGCGCAUGAUUGAAGCCCUUCAUCGUCGCGACCUUUUCUGCGGCAUGACUGGUGACGGUGUCAACGAUUCACCUUCGCUGAAACGCGCCGAUGUCGGUAUUGCCAUGGGACAAGGUGGCUCUGAUGUCGCUAAAGAUGCUUCGGAUAUCAUUCUCACUGACGACAACUUCGCCUCGAUCCUUAAUGCGGUUGAAGAAGGUCGCCGUAUCUUCGACAACAUCCAGAAGUUCGUGCUUCAUUUGCUCGCUCAGAACAUCGCGCAGGCUGCAACCCUCCUUAUUGGUCUUGCCUUCAAGGAUGCGACUAACAUCUCCGUCUUCCCCCUCGCGCCUGUCCAGAUUAUGUGGGUUAUCAUGGUUACCUCCGGUCUCCCAGAUAUGGGUCUCGGUCUCGAACGCGCAGCUCCGGAUAUCCUGAAUCGUCCCCCGCAGAACCUGAAGCGCGGUAUCUUCACCAACGAACUACUGAUUGAUAUUCUCGUCUACGGCGCAUGGAUGGCGUGCCUUUGCCUCGCCUCCUUCACGCUUGUCAUGUGGGGCUUUGGUGACGGAAACCUGGGCGCCGGGUCCUGCAACGAGACUUACAGCCAAGAAUGCGACACAGUAUUCCGCGCCCGCGCCACCACUUUCGUGUCCAUGACCUGGUUCUCGCUGUUCUUGGCAUGGGAGCUGAUCAACUUCCGCCGAUCGUUCUUCCGCAUGCAGCCCAAGAGCAAGCUCAUUUUUACCCAGUGGAUGCUCGAUGUAUGGCGCAACAAGUUUCUGUUCUGGUCGGUCAUGUUUGGUUUCGUCUCCAUCUUUGCGCUGCUGUACAUCCCUGUUAUCAACCACGAUGUCUUCAAGCACACGGGUAUCAGUUGGGAGUGGGGCAUCAUUAUUUGUGAAGCGGUCUUGUUCUUCGGUGGUAUCGAAGCGUGGAAGUGGGCCAAGCGUGUCUAUAUCCGACGCCGGGCCAAGAAGGCUGGCGGUGGCCAGGCCCGACGUCUGUCGAGCGUGGUCUUUGAUGCGUACUCGGGCAUUCGUCCCGGCGAAGGACCGAACGACGAUGAGGAUGACGAGAGUGAGAAGACGGCAACGGACGGCAAUAAUGCCAACGGCGAGAGGCAUGCCAUGUCUGGAAGGGAUGUGGAGAAGGCUUGA